AUGCUGGUGACCUAUUUGGAAGCCAGCCGGGACCUUUGCGAGACGGAUUCAAUUCUUUUUGGCGCCGCACUGGCAGUAUGCCGUAUUAUUGGCGCCAAACUUCCCGUGGCUGGACGUGCUACUCAAAAAAGUAGCGCCAUCCUAGCCUGGAGAAAAAGAAUUGUGGACCGUAUCGCAAAGGUAAGGGCCCUUAUCGGCAGACUGACAAGCUUCAGGUCGGGUAAUAAUAGACCGAGGAUUAUGCGCACCGUUAGGAUGGCGUUUGCUGGGACAAAUAUCAGUUUGUUCCAACCGGAUAUCACGCAAAAACCAACGGAGCGCAUAGAUGACCUGAAGCAAAAAAUCGCUGCUUGGGGGAAGCGGAUUCGACGAUUUAGCGAGAGAUCAAGGCGGUUCAACCAGAAUCGUCUCUUUCAGAGUGAUCAAAAGAGGCUCUAUAAAUCAUUGGAGCGACCAGAGGUAUGUGGAGCGGGCCCAGGACCGGAUCAGGCUGACACUGUCGCAUUUUGA